GAAUUUUCCGAUAAUUCAUACGUGAUACGUAAUCUAGUGUAUGUGAAGAAAAAAAAUACAGAAAAAAAUUUAAAUAAAAAUUUCAAAUAAAUAAUUUAUAAACUUAAAAUUUAAAUACAAAGAGAGACACCGUAUUUCGAUGUCUCCUCUAUUAGAGAAUGCUUAAGUUACCAAAAGGUUUAAAAAAGAAAAAGAAGAAGUCAAAAAAAGAUCAAGAGCUUUUUACUGAAGAAGAGCUUGAAGAGUACAAACGCCAACUAAAGGCCAAGCAGGAGGCUGCUGCUGCUAAAUCAGAUGCUGGUGAAUCCGAUGCAGCAUCAGAUGUUGAAGGUUUAGCACCAACAGCGACAACAUCAAAUACUGCUUCGACCUCUGAGUUAGCGUCUGCGAAUACAUCAGCGACUGCGGCCGCAGUUAACGAUUCAGCCGCCGCUAACGGCAACGGUUCUCAGAAACCCACUGAAGACGACGAGUGGGCCAAAUUUAAGGCUUUAACCUCUGGUGUCGAUACUAUCCUUCAUAAAACCCAAGACGAAUUAGAUCGCAUUAAGAAGGAGUCUUUCUAUCAGCGUCUACCAUCUGCUGCCGAAAAGAAAAAGCAGGAAGAAGAAGAAGCUGCAAAACGUGAAGCAGAACGUUUAGAGGAAGAGAAACGUAAGGCCGCAGAACUUGAGGCUAAACGGGACAAACUAGCCGAAGCGGUAGUCGAACUUUCCGAAUCGGAAGGUGAAGACGAAGCUGAGGUUGAUGAUAUCUUUCAAACUGAGUAUGUUGAUGCUAUUACUAGUGGUGAAUUUCAAUUAGUGGUUCCAGACUCACCCGUACUAGACUUUGACGACGGUCCAGAUCCCUUCGAUACAGCUUACGCCGAAAAGGUAAUAGUUGGAGCUGACAAGGCCAAGGGUAAUAAGAAACUUGUCAGUUUAGGCGCCGCUGUAGAAGUCCUUUCGGGACGUGUAGAGCGUGAAAAGGCUCUUGAACUUGCCAAGCCUAAACGUAAACUUCGCAAGGGUAUUAAAAAUCUCUUACUCAGCGAAAGUGUCGAUCAAGGUGAUCUUGAUGAAGAAGAUCUAUUAGCGCCAGAGCCUCAAAGAAAUCUUUUGGAUGAACUGGAUGACGAUGUUCCAGGUUCGGAUGCGCCAAUAGAUUUAAGUGUUUCAUUACAUUUGAGUUUUAUACAACAUAAGAAACCAGCCUCGGACGAGGAAGACGAAAAAGACGAAGAAUCAGGUUUUCCUGAUCUUUCAGAAUUUGAUACUCUAAAAACUCCAGAGGACGACGAAUUUGCUGAACUUGCCGCUGAAUCAUUGAACAAAAAAGAAGAAGUCAAAGUUAUAACAGAAAUCCCUCUUCCCAAAGCGGAAGUUUUAACUGACAUAGCUGAAGCUGAUUGGGCUGAAUUUGAACAAUUACCAGAAGAUACAGAUAACUCAAAAAAACCACCACCAAGACCGGUCAGUGGUCCACAUUUGGUAGAGGGGGCUAUUUACAUCAGCGACGACGAAGAGGAACAAGACGACGAUCCCUUCAAUACUUCUUACGCCGAACAGGUUAUUAAGAAAACCACUGUUCUCGAAGAAGACGACGAUUUUGACCCAAGAGCAGAAGAAAAAUCUGCGCCACCGGCAAGACCUCCACCACCAACGGCUGUUAAAAUAAUCGCUAAGCAUUUGAACGUUGAUAUCGACGCUGAAGAUUUUGAUCCAUUCGAUACUACAGUAGCUGGAGCAGUUAUUGUACUCUCCAAAACAACACUUAAACAAUCGUUAAGUGAUCCAGAUUUUGAUCCAAGAGCUGAAGAGUCUAGUACUGAACCUGAACCUCAAGUACAAGUACAGCCUUCGCAAAAACCAGUACUUACACCAAAAAGUGAAGAAGAUUUUGAUACAGCUAGACGUAAGUCUUCUUUAAGUCUUAGUUUGCAAAACAAUAAAUCAGUUGGAUUCUUAGUACCCAACCAAGAUUUAUUGGGUGCAUCUGAGGGAGGAAGUAAUAAGAAGCCUUUAACUCCAUAUUACGCUCCUUCAGGUUCAUCGAUUGCAGAAAAAGAACCAGAAGAUCCCUUUGAUACUUCAUACGUACCAGAAAAUAAACCAACAGACGUUGAAUUAAAACAUCUAGAAAGCGAUUUAUUGUCAAAGCCCACAUUACAACAUAGUUUAUCGGAUCCCGAUUUUGAUCCUAGAGCUCCUCCAACACCAGUGCCAGCAGAAGAUUUAUUGGUAGUUAAAGAAAACAUAAACACAAAAGUUUUGACACCCGCACAAGAAAGUAAAGAUUUGCCUGACUACUCGGGAGAACCGGUAGUUGAUCCUUUUGAUACAUCAAUAGCAUCUAAUCUACAACCAGGACAAGCUGAACUAAAACUUCUAGAAAGCGAGUUAUUACCAGAAAGAAAAUCAGAUAUUUCCACAGGAGUAUUAGAUACACAAAGCGACGCUCAAGAAUUGGGUUUAGGUGAUAAGGUUUUAACACCUCAAUUUCCACACAAACAAAUCAUUGUACCCGCGGACGUAGAUCCAUUUGAUACAUCCAUUGCUGAAAAUCUACAACCAGGAGAAACGGAAAUUAAAUUACUGGAAAGUGAACUUAUCGAACAUUAA